AUGGAUGGUAGAAGGCAUUCAGUUGAUAUUCCAAUUUCCAAAACUCUUGUGGCACUGAGGAGGGUGAGGUCACUGAGGGAUCCAUCAACUAACUGCAUUAACAAGCUCUCUCCUUUGAUUGACAAUGUUCAAUGGGAAAACGGUUCCAACAAUGGCAUUUCGCUGCACUUCCUCGAAGCUUCUCAUGCAUGCGGUUCUAGUGAUAACAAUGAUGGUUUUAGAUCAAAGACUUUAGAAUUCAAGGGACAUAGAGAGCAGGAUACUGCUGAUCUUGAGCUGAAUUGUGGCCUUUUGAACUCUAAGAGGAACUAUCAUGGGAUAUCCUGCCAUGAAACAAAGCGAGACGACGAGCUAGUUUAUUCUAAUGCUUAUCAGCAAGGCAUUGUUGGGAAUAAAUCACCGAGUGAAAGCUGUAGUAGCAACUAUGGAGGUAGAGGGUUGGAUCUGGCUGGCAUGGUGCCGUCUGUUAAUCAUUUGAGGGAAGGGGAAUUGUGCUAUUUAUCUUCGCAGUUAGGGAGGGUAGAUAACUUGAAGCAAACCCGAAAGUCGCAGCGCAGGACUACAAAAGUUAAACCAUCUGAAGCAACAGUUGAUACUGUGAGCCAUGUAGGUAGUCCACACCUUUCUUUUGGUGAUGCUCUCUCAGCUCAUAGUGCUUCAGUACGAAUAACUCAAGAUGCUUUGGAUAAUCUACAUGGAUGUGGAAUAAGCUGUUGUUGGUCAAAAUCACCAAGAUUUAGAGAAUCAAAUCAUCAUUCUGAAGUAGAAGAUCUUCCUUUGUUAUUGCAGCAAGCUAAUGAGACUGAUCUUUAUGGAUACAGAAGCACAAGAAACGUAGGUGGCGGAGGUAGUCCAAAUUUGGAAACUCCAAGAAGUUUAUCAAUGAAAUUUAGGCCAAAAUCUUUUGGUGAUUUGGUGGGGCAAAAUGUGGUUGGAAGGUCACUUAUGGGGGCCAUUUCCAGUGGAAGGAUAACAUCAUUUUACCUUUUCCAUGGUCCCCGUGGUACGGGAAAGACAUCUGCGUCUAGGAUAUUUUCUGCGGCAUUGAAUUGCCUAUCCCUUGAGGUGCAAAGGCCAUGUGGUAUGUGUAAAGAGUGUAUUUCGCUCUUUUCUGGAAGAAGUAAAGAUGUUAAGGAAGUGGAUUCUUUGAGAAUUAACCAUGUAGACAAGGUUAAGUCCCUAAUUAAGAGUGCUUGUAUUCCUCCGGUUUCGUCACGCUUUAAGGUGUUCAUUAUCGAUGAGUGCCAGUUCUUGAACGGGGAAACAUGGGCUACUCUUUUGAAUAGCCUAGAUAAUGUUUCUCAAUAUGUGGUUUUUGUGAUGAUCACUCCUGAUUUGGAUAACCUUCCUCGAAGUGUGGUUUCCCGGGCUCAGAGGUAUCACUUUCCAAAGAUUAAAGAUGUUGAUAUCGCGAGCAGAUUAAAAAAAAUCUGUGUUGAAGAAGGUCUUGAUUUUGAACAAGUUGCUUUGGAUUUUAUUGCUGCUAAAUCUUGUGGUUCUCUUAGAGAUGCAGAAAUGAUGCUUGAUCAGCUGAGUUUGCUUGGUAAAAAAAUCACACUUACCUUAGCCCAUGAGCUCACUGGUGUCGUUUCAGAUGAUGAAUUGCUUGACUUGUUGGACCUGGCUUUGUCAUCUGACACUUCAAAUACAGUUAUAAGAGCCCGGGAGCUGAUGAGAUCGCGGAUAGAUCCAUUACAACUUGUAUCACAGCUUGCAAAUCUUAUUAUGGACAUUCUUGCAGGGAAGUCUGAAGUCGGUGAUUCCGAAAUCAGAAGAAGAUUCUUGAUUAGACACGUUUUAGCUGAAGCAGACAUGCAGAAAUUGAGUCAUGCGUUAAAAGUACUUUCAGAAACAGAGAAGCAAUUGAGAAUUUCAAAGAAUCAAAGAACAUGGUUCACAGCAGCGCUUCUACAAUUAAGUGCCGAAGAAUAUCCACCUGCUGAUGCAACUGAUGACAAGUUGUAUUCGAAAGGUGCUACCAAUAGAGAUGGUGAUUUCUGUAGUACUUCAUCAACAGGGGAGAGCUUGAAGAAUAUUGCUACAGGUCAAUGUGAUGAAAAGUCAUAUAGAUUAGGAUUGCAAGAGGAUCAGAAAAGAACAUUGGAUUCCAUAUGGUAUAAAGCUACAGAGAUAUGCCAAUCGAGCCGGCUCAAGGCUUUUCUCAGGAAGCAGGGAAAGUUAUCUUCGCUUUGUGUCAAUCAAGGCCUUGCAGCUGCUGAGUUGGAAUUCCACCGUCGUGACAGUGUAGCUAGAGCCGAGAAGUCGUGGAAACUGAUCGCAAGUUACCUUCAGAUCAUAUUGGGUUGCAACAUUGAGCUCAGGAUCAAUUACGUACCUUGUGCCACAGCUUCUAGGUAUGCCAGACUAAAGAGGUCAUCUUUCAAUUUCUUUAAUUGUUCCCGAAGAAUUCUACGGAAAUCGAUGCCUUCUGACGACCAAGGAAGCGAAUCAGACUAUGCUGAUCAAACUUCUGAGAAGCCUAUGAUGAAAGAUCAGACUCUAACUUGUUCCUCUGACUUUGGUUCUCGGGUGCCACUACCUGAUGUUGUAACAGCUUUGAGAAGUUGCGAAGGUAAUCUGCUAAGCUCGGGGAAAACAUUCUUGAAUAUGUCUACUCAAGAGACUCCAAGGAAUUCAUGUUCUAGAGCUGAUUCUCUUAAGGAAGAGGAAUUCAAUCAGGCCCAUUUACCUUCGUCAAACAUCGAUUUAGACUAUCAAUCUAAGUGUUUUCCUCGAACCUUCUGGCUUCAUAAGAAAUUCUAUUCAUCGCAUGCAUCGGAACAGAAGGAUUUUGUUUUCUCAAGCCACUAUGUUUAUCCCCCACAACUCUAACAACUGUGUCAAGCCACCAAGGAAAACCAAAACUAUUCAUUCAAUUUUACUCUGGAGGACCCUGCAACACUCAAGGAAGGCACGGAUAUGGUACUCAAGCAACAAAACUCGGACACCGCGACCGAGUAACUGACGAGUUUAUCACCUUGCAGCAAGAGCUUCCAUGCGUUACAUAUCUUGGAAAAUUUUGUGAGUAGCGAUACACAUUGCAAAGAGCAUAGGGUGAAGUUAACGCAACAUAAGUAGAUAGAUAGCUAAGUUUCCUAUUCAUAGGAUUGUUACAUAUCUCCUCAUCUAUUUUCUA